AUGGCAGAUUCUUACCAUCAUCCUACUUCAAGUCGUGACAUCGACAGAAGGAGCUAUUCAAUAAAAAGGGAAGAGGAGCAUCGGUCGGUAGAUGUGGUCUCUCAUCUUGCGGACCCGUUCGGGGAUGAAGAAUUUGCCGAAAUCAAGUAUCGCACGUUACAAUGGUGGCAAUGCGGCAUGAUAAUGAUCGCGGAAACCGUCUCUCUCGGUAUUCUGUCUCUUCCAUCGGCCGUGGCAGUGCUAGGCCUUGUCCCUGCGAUCAUUCUUAUUGUCGGACUCGGUAUAGUCGCAACCUAUACUGGAUAUGUUAUCGGCCAAUUCAAACUUCGAUACCCACAAGUUCAUAGUAUGGGGGACGCUGGGGAGGUGAUGUUUCAUCCUAUGGGCUGGGCUCGCUUUGGUAGAGAGUUCUUGGGAACGGCUCAGCUGCUUUUUCUCAUCUUCGUCAUGGGCAGUCAUAUUUUGACCUUUAGUGUCAUGAUGGAUACAAUCACAGAUCAUGGCACCUGCUCCAUUGUAUUUGGGAUCGUUGGCUUGAUAGUCUCGUUCGUCUGUGCCUUGCCUCGAACUCUUCGCAAGGUCUCCUGGCUCUCGUUUGUUUCUUUCGCAAGUAUCCUUGCCGCACUCCUAAUUACCAUGAUCGCCAUUGCUAUCCAGCGCCCGGGUAACGGCCAGAUCGACGCGACUACAACAGUCAGUCUUUCAAAGGGGUUCCUAGCCGUGACAAAUAUUGUAUUUGCUUAUGCUGGCCAUGUAGCUUUCUUCGGGUUCAUUUCAGAGAUGGAGACUCCCACGGACUAUCCCAAGACACUAUACAUGCUCCAGAUAACCGAUACGAGUAUGUAUGUCAUAGCUGCGGUUGUUAUAUACACCUACGGUGGAAGGGAUGUGGAUUCACCCGCCCUGAGUUCGACAAAGCCUAUAACAGCAAAACUUGCAUAUGGAAUUGCCAUUCCUACGGUGCGAGAUUUCUGGGACAGAUUUCUACUUGGGACGGUUGCUAACUUGAUAUUGCAGAUCGUCAUAGCCGGCGUUAUCAACGGGCAUGUCGCAGCAAAAUAUAUUUACGUCCGCCUGUUCCGGGGCACUGAUCACAUGAAGAAGCGCACAUUCUUCUCGAUCGGCUCCUGGGUUGUGAUUACUCUGGUAUUAUGGGUGAUAGCAUGGAUUAUUUCCGAGGCAAUCCCUGUGUUCAACACUUUGCUGAGUCUGAUUACUUCCCUUUUUGCGAGCUGGUUUACCUAUGGCUUAAGUGGUAUAUUCUGGUUGUUCCUGAACCGAGGCCAGUAUGGGGCUUCUUGGAAAAAGAUGGUUCUAACUGCUGUCAACCUGGUCAUUGUCGCGAUUGGCGCUUGCUUGUGUGGCAUGGGCCUCUGGGUGUCUGGUAAGGCAAUUCACGAUGAUUCAAGUGGUGCCAGCUUUUCGUGUGCUGCUAGAAGUGGAUGA